UCUUUUUAUUUGGACCUUUGAAGUGUAAAAUUGUCUAAAUUACAGGAGUCUGUCACCACACCCAGACCGCAGGAUUGAGUCCGUCAGGAUCUGCCAGAGGAGGUAUCGCCUGCCCCCCUUUAUCUAAUAGUUAUUUUGGCAAAUCGGAAGCGUCUUUAAUCCACCCUGCUCCUCACCUGAGAGCCCACCGAGCGAGCCUCCUGUCAGCGACCUGUCGGCUCUGAGAUGGGGAACAGCAAACCCUCCGCGCUCCUCUCACUGAUCGGUGUCAUGUUGCUCUGGCCGUAUGUUCUCACCAAGAGUGUCUCAUCCAGACUGCAGACUGCGGACAGCUCCUCUCUCUCUGCAGGACAGGGAGAAGAGCGCCCUCAUGUGGUGAAGCGAUCAACACAGAACUGCGACAGCACUUUUGACAGCUACUGCAUGAACAACGGCCAGUGCAUGCUGCUGGUGGACAUCAACGAGCACCACUGCAAGUGUGAGAGGGGCUUCUACGGCCCCAGAUGCAGCAACCCGGAGCUCGUUGUUCAGCCAAUGGGAGAAGAGCAGAUUAUUGUGACCGUUUUCUGUGUGAGUCUGCUGAUUAUAGGUCUGGCUGGAGCUCUUUACUUCUGCUGCAAAUGGUAUAAGAAAAACACACGCCAGCAAAAGCGGCAGGGUUACAAAGGAGUCCAGACAGCUUAGAUGCACACCCACUACAUCCGCCGCUGGAAAAGGCAAACCCAGUUUUCGGCAAGAAAAUUUCAACAUACCUGACGAGCUUUCACUCAGUUUCUGGUUAACUGGACGUCACACGGCUUUGGAUCGCUUUACCAGGCAGGCAGAUUGGCACAGAGAGAUUAAGAUGAUGAAAAAGAAGCAGCUUUUGUUGUUUCCAGUAGCGCUGGGUCUCAUGUUUCAGCACCUGCUGCCCUCAUGUUUGAAAAGAUGAAUGGUUAAAGACUCAAAGGGGUGACAGUGAUGGUGGGUCAAGGGACAAGGAUUGCUGAACAUCUCUGACCCUGCAUACUUUUAGAAAUUUAGGCCUGCGUUUGUUAAACAAGAGGUAAACCUAAAAAUUACAUGUGCCCCGUUAAUGUGUGAUUGACGUAAAGAUUUCAAAGAGCUCAUUUUGAGGUGCAGCGAGGUUGCAGAUCAAAGAGAACAAAAAAUAAAACUUAGUGAAAAUAAAGUCUUCACCACUGAGCAGCCUUCUGUCUCCCUACAGUACAGUCCUGCACUGUUUUACACUAUUUUAAUUUAUACCUAACACUUCUGCCUGGUUUAGUUUGUAUUUAUUGUUGCUUUCUUGCCUUUUGUUUCUUUGAUGAAUAUUUUAAAAAAAUUAUUGUCUAUAAACAGCAGUGUGACAGUUCUGUGUUUUAUAAUGUGCUCAGAGAGUUUUCUUACCGGUAUUUUGAUAAUUUAUUACAAAGUAUUAUUGUAUACACUGGAAUCUUGUCUUGCUUCGGAAGCUCUGUUACAGCUACAAAAAUGAACUUGAAUUUUUUUUAACUCUUCUAUAAAUUUCUUUUUUCUGUUUCAUUGUUGCUGUCUGAAGGGUACAGCCGAGAGUCUUCACAUUCCUCUCUAAUAUUUACACAGUUUUCACAUAUUUCUUCCAUGUGAUCAAUAAUUCCCUUGACAGAAAAUAUCUUUGUCCUGUUUUUUUUCCACACAUGACAUUUUCGCAAUAGCAGUAUUAGCUGGAAAACGUGUUUAAUAAAACAUCAAUUAAAGCAAGUGCAUUUCAAACUUAUA